CAACUAUCUACCUUUCUUUAAACUUUACUGGGAGUAAAGAUUCACGUUUGUCCUCCGUGCAUAAUGACUGCUUUUAGUCGCCUGCCAGAUGAGAUCCUUCUGCUCGUGGCACAGCAGCUGGAUACUCAGCCGGACAUCUAUCAUCUAGCACAAAUCAAUAAGCGCUGCUACCGGGUGCUGUAUACCUAUCUCUGCAACUACAACAUCCAGCACCACGGGAGUACGGCCUUGCUUUGGGCCGCACAGCAGGGUAAUCUCCCAUUGGUAGCCAAGUUGCUGGAGGCCGGGGCGAACAUUGUCACCUGGUCACGCAAGGAAGAGGUCUGGAAGGACGCUUUCGGGGAGAGAUGGAUACGCUUCCCCGGCGAGAAUCCGCUGUUAGAUGCAGCUCAGGGGAGGCAUACCGCAGCUGUCCAGCUCAUGCUAGACGAGAAACGACCCAACCAAGUCGCGAGCCCGGAUCAGUUGCGGACGCUUCUUCACUGGGCCCUCCGAGCCCACGACAGCCAGCUGGUUGAUCUAGUGCUCAAGCAUCGUCCCCCAUUUGACUCGCGCACCUAUAGGGACUGGCCGUCUCCUAGGCCAGACAAUUGGCCUUCCGCGCUCAACGUGGCCCUUGAGGCAGGAUAUUACUCUAUUGUGCCCCGCCUGGUUGAGCUGGGCGCAAAGCCCGGUCCGUAUCGACGUCGGCCGUGUCCGAUUGAGCAAGCGAUCUGUCGCGAUCAGCCACAGCUUGUGGAGCUUUUCCUCGCGCACGGUUGGAUGCCGCACCGGGAUCACGGCAUAUGCUAUAUCGCCGAUACGAAUAAUACUGCUAUGCUUCAGAUUCUGCUUAAUCAUAGCCUGAAUCUCCGUUUCUAUGGUACCACUGCUCUUUUUGUGGCAAUUUAUGCCGGACACUAUGAAUUCGUGCAGAUGCUUCUUGAUCAUGGGGUGGACACGAGACUGGGGUGUCUCUUUGAGACUACGGACGGCACCCCUCUGAUGAACGGGUAUACCCCAAUUGGCUUUGCCAUCAAGUGGAGGCGUCUGGAGAUUCUGCGUCUAUUGCUUGACCGAGGGACUCACGCGGACCGGGGCGAUCUUGAGAUGGCCAGAGACUAUGGUUUCGAGGAGGCGGUGGACCUGCUUCAAGCCUUCGAGGGAUCAGCCCCGCAGCCUUUCAACACUGUUUUUGAGGAAGUGGAGGGCCUACUGUUCGAAACUCCAAUUGAAAUAGCGGAAGCAGAUACUGUUUUACCCGAGCGUGUUGAACUUCUUGUUUUGGAUGUGCCGGGUGGCGUGACUGAUGCUUCGGACAUAUGGUCGGGGAUGCCCAGGUAUGUGCUGCGACCUCUGGAGGGGGCAUCAUCCGGCGAAAGAUAG